AUGAUCGCUACCAUCGGACUACCACCUGCAAUCGUCAAUUGCUUUCAAUGGCAACCCAACAACCCUCCAGAAUUGAAGAAUUGGCGUCUUGAUUCUACUCCACAGCCAGCAACAACAUCGCCCCGACUUCGCCUCCAGUCGUCGACUGUUUCAACGGGCAGACCAACAGAUCCAGUGCCGCUCGUGAACUUGCAGCUCCGGUCCUCCCCUUCCGCAACAGAUAUCCCCGACAAAGAACCCAAAAAAGGAGAAGAAGAUGAAUCGUCCAGUCGACUCUUCCCUCUUCUAUUGGCGUCUUCAUGA